AUGCACCCAUUCCUCUCCAAAUCGAACCCAAGCCAAACUUCCAGCGCCGCAAGAAUCCUCCCCGCUCAUCUCCAACUCAACCACUACUCACCACCUACACUCACCACCACCACCUACCUACCUACUUACUACUACACCACUUGAAUCCCAACCUCACUCUCACUCACACAAACUAACCCAAAGAACCCCCAAAAGAAAGAACAACAAUGCCCCAACCAACCCCACCAAAACAAGACGUCAUCGCCAACCCCCGCCGCCUCCUCAUCCUCACCCCCUCGCAACACUCCCACACCACAAUCCCCCCAUUCCUGCACUCCCUAACCGGCUGCCCCGUUAUUGAUCCCCCGACGACCGAGACCAGAAACCAGAACCACCCAGAUACUGACCCCACUGCGAGGCCGACGACGACUACAUUCGCAGGCUACACGACACACCCCCCGCUCCGACUCGAGAACAGGUAUUAUAAAGCCGAGGUGCCGAUUUGGGUUGAUGAGAUCCCACUUUCUAUUUCUGGGUCUGAGAGUGCAAAUACAACUACAACUACAACUACACAAAAUGACCAACCGGAGCUAAACCCCCAAGGAAAAGAAGAAGAAGAAGAAGAAGAAGAAGGACAAAAGCAAGAACAAGAACCCCUCACACCAAGAACAUGGCGGGAAGAGUUCUCCGGCCCAGAAGCGAGGGUCGUUAGGGAUGCCAUCGGGGGCGUGGUUAUCUGCUUGCGCAAUUUGGAUCUCGUGGCUCCGUCUCCGUCUGCAGAAGCAGAAGUAGAAGCAGAAGCAGAUGUGGAGGAAAGACCGGAGUGGAAGGGUCUGCGGAUGUUCCUGGAAGCUGUGGGUUCUGUUAAGGGGGUGAUGGAUGAGGAGAGAGGACUGGGUGAUGUUCUUGGGUUGGUUGUUUUGGUUGGCAGGGGGAGGGAGUCUGGUGGUGCUGCUGCUACUGCUACUGCUGCUGCUGGGGAUGCGGAUGAGGUCGAUGGCUUGGGGGAGGAAGAGGUCUUUUCUGUCCCCUGGUGGGAGGAUAAAUUGUUUGAUCUGGGGUUGGUGGGGUUCGAGGUUGUUAAUUGGGAUCCUAGGGAGGUGGGGAGUGAGGAGAGGGAUCGGUUUGGGGAGUAUCAAGGUAUGCGAAGGGUGAGGGAGAUUCUAGAGACGCAUGAUUGGGCUUCGACGCCUGCUGGGGAGUCGGAUGGUGUGGACGGUGUUGAGGAUGAGCUGGAGAGGCACUUGCUCGAGGAUGGGUUCGAUCUGGAGGUGAACGAGCUGGAGCGGGAGAUGGUUGGGUUGCGGUUUGCGAUUGAGAAUGGAGGCGACGAUGUAGGCGGGAUUGACGGGGAUGAUGAGAUGAAGGUUGAGUCGAUGGAGGCGUUGAUGUUGCGGAUGAAAGCUAUUAAAGACAUGAGUGAUGAGUUACCGGAGAGCGAACGGAAACGAUUUGCGGCGAAAGCCGUGCGAGAUAUCAUGAUGGAGUUAUAAUGCACCUAGCUCAGGCCCUACUUAUUACGCGUAAUGAAAACAUGAUAGAGUAUGUAGCCAGCAGUACAUCAUUACCAAUGCGUCUUGUAGCAGAAUUAAGCUUAUCUAGACCAACCCAUCCCUUUCGCCAUAUCAACACCGACAUCUCACAGCUGCAGUCAUGACCCUACUCCGCCCUCUUCUUGAGCACCUUCUUUCUCUGGGCAAUCAUAUGCGUGUACAAGAU